UCGUCACACCGAAGGGGAAUCCCGGGUGACGUCGAGGGGAGCUCCGGCGUGCGCCGCCCGCUGGCCGCCGCGCGGGGUCCCGGUGCGCUCCCCUCCGAACCCGCCGCUGGCACCAGCCGCCCCCUCCCACCCCCCGACCCCGCCUCGUCCCGCGGUGCGACCACCCCCCGCAGCGGUGGGACGGGAUGGGCGCGGCGGCUCCCGCCCGCCGACGGCGGCGGCAGGCAUCGGCGGCGAUCCGCGGGUGUCCGGUGGGCCGGCGGGAGGCGCGGAGGCGGGGCGGGGAGGAGAGGAGAAGAGAAGAGAGGAGAGGAGAGGAAAAGAGAGAGGCCCCGCGCGGGGAGGACUGUUGAGCGCCAGAUGUUUGGCAACGGCCGCGGGAGGAAGUCGCUGCCGGGGCCCUGAGUCCCGCCCGAGCCGUGCCGGAGCAGGCAGGGCCCCGCCAUGGCCCGCACGGCUCCCCCGGCAGUACCGCCGCCCCCGGGGCCGCCGGCCCGCGGCUCCCUCAGCCUCCACCGUGCCUACCUGCGGAGCCCGCUGGGCCUCCUGCGCCUGGGGCAGCUGGCGCUGGGCGCUGCCUUCUGGGUGACGGUGGCGGCUCACAAGUACGAGGGAGCAGCUCACUUCGCCCUCUUCGCCGCUGUCCUGGUCUGGCUCCUCACCUUGGCCCUCUUCGGGCUGAGCCUGCUGGGGCGCUGGGAGCUGGUACCCUGGCUGGGCUCCCGCUGGCUCCUCACCAACCUGGUGCACGACCUGGCACUGGGCGUGGGGCUCUACGCGGCCGCCACUGGCAUCAUGGGCUACAAAGCUGGGCAGAAAAGCUAUUGCAACCUGCCGGGCUACAGCCAGCACUGCCUCUACAGUGCCUACCUGAGCGCCUCCGUCUGCGGGGGCAUUGCUGCCUGCCUGUACCUCUUCUCUGGGCUCUACUGCCUGUCACGGCGCUGCCGGGACCAGCGCGACAUCAUCUGAGACCCUGCGGCACUCAGCUCCCCUUCUCUUCACCCACGGAUGGAGCACAGCCCCCCUUUGGGACAAAGUGACCCUGCCGCCCCAUCCCCUCCCAGCUGACUGCACCGUGCUUCCUCCAGAGACUCCUGCGCAGAUGGAUGGAUGGAUGGACAGAGCCUUCCCCGAGCACGGCUUCUCCUGCAUCCCACCAAGACAGCAUGGACACCCAGCUGCUGCACAGGCCCUUCUCCCACCCCUGGACAGACGUAGGUUGUUGCAAGUGGAAGGACACAAGUGAAGAGCCCCUAAGAGGGACCCCAAUUUCUGGGAGCCCCCCUGGGCCCCUGCCCAACUCCCUUGGCCUUGCAGAUGCUGCGUGCUCAGGCCCCUCGUCCUGUCUGGCCUGAACACAUCCGCCGUCUUGCCGGAGGCCUGUGGGGCUGAGCCCCUCCCUGCCCUGCGCUUUGGGUGUGUGGAGACACCCAGGUCCCACACAGCCUGACCCAGCAUCGCCCCGGGACACGCUGUCCUGUUUGGGGGCUGAGCCCGCACAAGGCAGCAAGGUCCCCAUUGCUGCGGAGCGAGGGGAAGGGAGAGUGGGGCUAUAGCCUGAUCCGGUGACCCUGGGCAGGGAGAAAAUUCCUGCAGCCUUGGAGUUUGUACUGCCCUGGGAUAGGGCCAGGCGUCCCUGGGGUUGAAGGGAGCAGGGCACCAGGUUGUUCUCUCCCCUGCCCUCCUGCAAUGAGGUUUGUGGCUCUGAGCCGCCCCGAGCCACUGAGCCUGCCCUGGGGCCCAAUUGCUCCGACAGAGACAGGCACAGCCUCAGCAGCAGCACUGGAGACUGGCCCGCAGCCCGGCCUGGCUCUGCGGCACUUGGUUUAUCAUCGUGGAACACUCUCAUCUCUGGAGUCUCUGGCUCCAUCUUGGGGCCCUGCGCUGCCUGGAGACCGUGGCGAGGCGGAGGGGAAGGGUGAGUGCAGCAGCAUGGCGGUGUUGGGCUGGCUGGCGCUGUGGCUGCGGGGAAGGUGGGGCCAGGCGUUGCAGGGACACAGCCUGUCUGGGGAACAGGAGAAGAGGACACUGGCAGUGUGGCCAGCCCAGCCCUGGAUCAGCCUCGACAGCCCGCUGGGUGCCAAGCCCUGAGGAAGCUGUGUAGGGCCGACUGGAGUAACGGGCAGCCCAGAGAUUGGGAGUUUUUGGAGGAGCACCACACUGGGGCUGCUCUGCCACAAGCCUUCCUCACCCUGUCUGGAGGCAGGUCCUCCCCAUCGCCCCCAGUUUCUGCGUGGGCUCGGCUCAGUGGGAUGGGUGUCCCCAGCAGCUGGCCACAGGCUCUGGCUGUUUCCUGGGGUUCCCUGGUGCCUUUUUUGUGGUGGAGAGCAGCAGCUGUGAUCCCCCUGGGGCUUGGAGGUGUCUGGGUUUGGCACUGGGUCACCGCUUCCAUCAUGAGGUGCUGUCCCAGCCCAUCCCCGCCUCGUGCUUGGGGGCCAUGCCAGCCCCUGGACCAUCCACCCCUUCCCUGGGCAGGAUGUGCUGUCCCUGCCCUGUGUCAGGGCUGGUCCCCGACACCGCCUGUCCCCACCUGCUCCAGCGCAGCCCCUGGCUCAGGCUGCCCGAGGUGCCCAGCAGGGCUUCUGCCACCACAAGUGCCUUUCCCCGGCUUUCUGCAGCCCUAUCUGUUGCGCCACCCCUAUCCCCCUUCAGCCCCCUCUCUGGUGCCUAUGGAUUCACCUUCCAAAUAAAGCAAUGUUGGCGCUCA